GCUCAUUUCCUACACCUUUUCUCUUAAACCCCAAUUAUUUUCUCAUUUCUUCACCAAUUUCAUCUGGGUUUUUGAUUUCCCCAUCUGGGUCAAUCCCUAAUCCCAUUAAUUUCAAAACCCCCAAAAUGCUCAGUUUCUUCUUCUUCUAAGAAAUGGAUAUCGAAUCCACAAAUCAAAAUCAAAGUCAAAAUCAAAAUCCCAAUCCGAUUAAGAAGGAAUCAUGGAAAACAGUCAUGAUUUUAGCUUAUCAAAGUUUAGGGGUUGUUUAUGGCGAUUUAAGCACUUCCCCUUUAUAUGUUUACAAAAGUGCUUUUGCAGAAGACAUUCAACAUUCGGAAUCUAACGAAGAAAUUUUCGGGGUUUUAUCGUUUGUUUUCUGGACGUUAACUUUAAUUCCGCUUUUGAAAUAUGUUUUCAUAGUUCUUAGAGCAGACGAUAAUGGCGAAGGAGGGACGUUUGCUUUGUAUACAUUGUUAUGCCGCCAUGCUCGAAUCAGCACUUUGCCGAACGGACAAAUCGCCGAUGAAGAGCUUUAUGAGUAUAAGAAAGAUGAAAUUAGGGCGGUUUCCGGUCGUCGGAAUAUUGGGUUGAGGUUGAAAUCGACGUUGGAGAAACACAGAAUUUUGCAGAAGGUUUUGUUGGUUUUGGCGUUACUUGGAACUUGUAUGGUCAUCGGCGACGGAGUUUUAACUCCGGCGAUCUCCGUUUUCUCUGCUGUUUCUGGACUGGAGCUUUCAAUGUCAAAAGAGCACCAUCAAUAUGUAGAAGUCCCGGUCGCUUGCAUCAUAUUGGUGCUCUUGUUUUGCCUCCAACAUUACGGGACCCACCGUGUCGGAUUCUUGUUUGCGCCAAUCGUGAUAACGUGGCUCCUCUGCAUUAGCACGAUCGGCGUUUACAACAUUUUUCAUUGGAACCCGCAAGUUUUUCAAGCGCUCUCGCCUUAUUACAUGUACAAAUUUCUAAAGAAAACGCAAAAGGGUGGAUGGAUGUCGUUGGGCGGGAUUUUGUUGUGUAUAACAGGCUCGGAGGCUAUGUAUGCUGAUCUCGGACAUUUUUCACAGUUAUCAAUCAAGAUGGCUUUCACCUUUGUGGUUUACCCAUCGUUGAUUCUUGCUUAUAUGGGCCAAGCUGCGUAUCUCUCGAAACAUCAUAUCCUUGAAACCGACUACCGAAUAGGAUUCUACGUAUCGGUUCCUGAGAAAAUAAGGUGGCCGGUUCUCGGAAUCGCGAUACUGGCUGCGGUUGUCGGAAGUCAAGCCAUCAUCACCGGAACUUUUUCUAUCAUUAAACAAUGUUCCGCUUUGGGUUGUUUCCCGAGGGUCAAAAUCAUCCACACGUCACCGACUAAUAAACACGGGCAAAUCUACAUCCCGGAGAUCAAUUGGACGUUGAUGCUCCUUUGUUUGGCCGUCACGAUCGGUUUUCGUGACACCAAACAUAUAAGCAAUGCAGCAGGUUUGGCGGUUAUUACGGUCAUGUUGGUGACAACGUGCCUUAUGUCGCUCGUAAUGGUUUUGUGUUGGCGAAAAAGCGUCUUUUUGGCGCUAGGGUUUAUGUUCUUCUUUGGUUCAGUAGAAGUGCUUUACUUCUCGGCAUCGUUGAUAAAGUUCCGUGAAGGUGCGUGGGUCCCGGUCGCCCUUUCGUGCAUCUUUCUCGUUAUCAUGUUUGUGUGGCACUACGGGACGAUAAAGAAGUAUGAGUUUGACGUUCAAAACAAGGUCUCGAUCAAUUGGCUCCUCGGCUUGGGACCGACUCUUGGCAUCAUGCGGGUUCGCGGGAUCGGGCUCAUUCAUACCGAGCUCGUUUCGGGGAUCCCCGCCAUUUUCUCGCACUUCGUCACGAACCUUCCGGCUUUUCACCAGGUUGUGGUGUUCCUCUGUGUGAAAUCGGUCCCCGUGCCUCAUGUAAGGCCCGAGGAGCGGUUUCUAGUCGGAAGGAUAGGGCCAAAGGAGUAUAGAUUGUAUCGAUGCAUAGCGAGAUACGGGUACCGUGAUGUCAACAUGGAUGAUGUCGGAUUUGAAAAUGAUCUCAUUUGUUGCAUAGCGGAAUUCAUUCGUACCGAGAGAGCAGGUGCUCGUAUUGAUACCGAUACUGGUAAUGGUAUCAGUGAUGUACUGGAAGAUUCUGAUAACGACGGAAAAAUGGCGGUUGUGGGGACCGCUUCCUCCAACGCCGAAGGCAGUAUUAGAAUGUGUGAAGACGGAUACUCGGAUUCGUUGGAACUUAAGGAGGUUGCUGUGACGAUGGCUUCACCGCAACUUCCGAAGAAGAAGGUGCGGUUUGUUUUACCAGAGAGUCCGCAAAUGGAUACGGGUGUGAGAGAAGAAUUACGCGAACUAAUGGAGGCCCGAGAAGCCGGGUUAGCGUUUAUUCGAGGACAUUGUUACGUGAAAGCAAAAAGAGGUUCAAGUUUGAUGAAAAGAUUCGUGAUAAAUUUCGGGUACGACUUCUUAAGACGGAAUUCUCGAGGCCCGGCAAACGCUUUGAGCUUCCCGCAAGCAUCUACGCUAGAAGUCGGGAUGGUUUAUCAAGUUUGAUCAUGAGUGUAUAAUAUCGAUCGGGUUUUGAGAUAUAGCUGAUAAAUAGUGUAAAGAAGGUUUUCUCGCUCCCACGGGCUACGAGGCUUUUUUUGAUUGGCCCACGGGCCUCGAACAUCAUCAAUCGGGCCCAUGGGCCACGAGCGUUAAAUGUUAUUCAUCGUGAAAGAUAUGGAAGAACACGAGAUAUAUAGAUGCAUGUAAUGAGGUGUGUUUUUCUGUUAAAA